GUAGUUCAUGCAACUAACUAUUAGUUUAGUGAUAUGUUUCUCAAUUAAUUUCUUGAUAAGAUUAGAUGGAAAUCAUGGAAUUUAAACAUCCAUUCAUUUCUUUACGCGAUAUAAAAUAUUAAAAAAGAGAAUCCUUAAUGUAGAGAAAAGGAGAUCUUGUGGCGAAAAUCCAUUUUUGUCCCUACUUUACAAAAGGAGAUACAUAUUUGUGUGAGCAAGUGCGUAUAUAUAAUACUUAAAUCUCACUUUCAUCUCUCUAUUUUUCAAAAGGUCAUUCGAUCAAGAGAGUGGGAAGAAUGAGGUGCCUCUUCUUUAUCACUUUUCUCGUGCUCCAUCACAACACAAUGGGUUGCAACGAUCUCAUCCAUCUCUCCUGCAAGAAAGCUGCAGCUAGUGAUCCCAAUUUGAGCUACAACUUCUGUGUUUCAAGCCUUGAGGCCAUCCCCAAAAGCCAUGGAGCAGACCUUGAGCAACUUGUGGCCCUUACACUUAACUUCACCAUAUCCAACGCAACCAGCAUCAAUUCCACCAUUUCGAAGCUUUUGCUCGAUAAAAAAUUCGACGAGUAUGCAAAGGAGUGCUUGCAAGACUGCUUAGAGCUGUAUUCGGAUGCUGUUCCUACCCUACAAGAAGCUGUUGGUGCCUUUAAGGCCAAGGAUUAUGGUAAAGCUAACAUAGAAAUCAGUGCUGCCAUGGAUGCAUCUAGCACUUGUGAAGACGGGUUCAUGGACAAGAAAGGUGAAGUUUAUCCAUUAAAAAGGGAGAAUGAUAACUUCAGCCAAUUGAACGUCAUCUCUCUUGCUUUUAUCAACACAUUAGGUCAUUAGCUCUGGAUAAAUAAGCUAAGCUCGUUAAUGGUAUAAUUUAUUCUUCUUCUUCUUUUAAUUAGUUAUAUAUCAGUCUUCUAAGUAAUAUAUGCAACAUAUACAGACGUUGUUUGUACUUGUACGUAUAUAACAAAUAUUGAUCCACAUAAUAAUAAUCUCAAUUAGCAAUA